UCUGGACGCUGUUUAGGGAUUUGCCCGAGUCCAAGAUGGCGGAUCGCUUGACGCAGCUGCAGGAUGCGCUGAAUUCGGGUCUGCAACAAGAGUUUGAUGUCCCCAAGAAUUGGUUCUAUCAGUAUCUGCAAUUGCGGCAUGCAUAUGAGGUCACGGUGAGAAAAGGGUGUCGUAUAGCUACAAUGGAUGUGGUGCAGAAACUUAUCCUUCCGAAGGGCGGGAAGAGAGGACUGAUUUCUCAGCUUGCGGAUCAGUUCUGUAAUGCGAUUGGUGUCCUCCAGCAGUGUGCUCCCCCCGCGUCCUUUAAUAACAUUCAGACAGCGAUAAACAAGGAGCAGCCCUCCAACCCCACAGAAGAAUACGCUCAGCUGUUUGCCGCCCUCAUUGCUCGCACAGCAAAAGAUAUUGAUGUUCUCAUCGACUCUCUGCCAAGUGAGGAAUCUACAGCUGCGUUACAGGCCGCUAGCCUGUACCAGUUAGAGGAAGAGAACCACGCAGCAGCAGCUCGUCUAGAGGAGGUGGUAUACAGAGGGGACAUGCUGCUUGAGAAGAUUCAGACUGCACUAGCGGACAUCGCCCAGUCUCAGCUGAAGACCAGAAGCAUCAUCCACAUGCAGCCACUUUCAGAGAGCUAGCAGUAGAGGGCGCUGUCCUUCAUUAGAACUGAUCACUGUGAGAUGCUGAGUGGCAGGAAACAGUAGCCGUGCUUGCCAGGGGCUUAGAACAUCAAUGAUUGGCACUACAGAGAGACUCUCCAUGGGCAUGAGAUUACAGCGUGCAAUUAAAUACUUCUUAUAUGUUUUUAUUAUGCUUUAAGAUGACCUGUUAUCGAUGAACCUAUGCUUAUGUUUUACACUAGCGGCAGGGUACUGGGGAUGGGAGGCUGUUCCGGCAGGUGAACAGCCUGUUGGGUCCUUCCUGCCGCUAGUUCACGUAUGCCCCCCGGACUGCCGCUCCGUCCCUAUAAUGGAGGCGGAGUUCCAGCAGUGUACAGCGAGAGGCAGCUGGACUAAAAGUACUGCAUACAGUACUUUUAGUCCAGCUGCCUCUCACUGUGUGCUGCCGUGCCGCCGCCAUAACUCUGCCCCCAUUAUAGUCAAUCGGGACGGAGCGGAAGUCCGGGGGCACACGUGAACUAGUGGCAGGAAGGAUCAGACAGGCUGUUCACCCGCUGGAACAGCCUCCCGGAGUCCCCUGCCGCUAGUGUGAAAGUACCCUUAGGGAAUUGCUUUGAGAGGAACUGCCUGCUUUAUAUAUAAAAGCAGUCUGAUUCCUUAUCAUACCUCAAGGGUUAUCCCAUCACACAUAGGUUAUUAAUUCCACUGGACCCCUGUUUCCUGUCCCCCAUCUGAAAGCUUGUUGGAGAACAUCCAUGAUAUGCCAAGUGUCUUUCAUUGGAACCCCACCACCUUCAGAGAGGGCCUGUAUUUUAAAUAAUGCAGCAAGCACAGGCUGUCCUAAAACAGCAUGUCUGCUAAUAGAAAACAGACAGAGCUCCCCAUAAUAAAGGAAUUGUAGGCAAUUACGAUUUUAUGCACUUUCCUAAUAUUCGUGUAGGUUCCCCACUCUGAUCCCAGGACAGUCGCAGGAUCCCUUAAAAUCUCCUCUCUGUCCUUCCCAUUCACAACCAGUAGGUGGCCCUGUUUUCAUGUAUAAAAAUUGCUGGACCUAUUAGAAAUCGGUUUGGCAUGAGUGGUUUUUCUACUGCUAGGACGGGCUGCACUUAAAUCCUAUCGGCCUUUGUCACGGCAACUGUUUGUAUCGGGUUUUUCAUAAUAAAAUUGGAUUAAUUGCUGCAAA